AUGCCUCCAAGGCUUCAGAUCCUCCCUCUGGGCCUCCAGAGGACAUUAUUCCGACCAGUCCCCUCAAAACCCUCGCCAUUGUCCCUCCUCACGACCCUCCAAUCGCAAUCCCGAAAUGCACACAUCCUAGCCUCGCUCUCCGAUAACCCGGGCGCCUACAACAAGCGCAUCCGACGAGGUCGUGGUCCUGCCUCUGGGAAGGGUAAAACCUCUGGACGUGGUCACAAGGGUCAGAAGCAGCAUGGCAGUGUUCCGUAUGGGUUCAAUGGUGGUCAGACGCCGGAGAUUGUUGUUCAUGGGGAGAGGGGGUUUAUCAACCACUUCACCCCCGAACUCGCCAUCACCAACCUCGAACGAAUCCAAGAAUGGAUCGACCAGGGCCGCCUCGACCCAACGAAACCGAUCACGAUCCGCGAACUCGCCAAAUCCCGCUGCAUCCACCGACCCAAGGAAGGCGUUAAACUCCUCCUAAACAGCAACCGCCCAACCCCCGCAAUCCCAAAGUGGAAGAAGAACAAGACGCCGCCGCCAAAGUCAGCACAGGGUGUCCCGGGAUCCGCGCCCGCGCCUGAAGCCGUUGAACCCGAAGCCGCCGAAGCUGUCGUAGAAGAGACAGAGAAACCCUCCGCCCUCAAACAACCCAUCCAUGUCGUCGUCUCGCGCGCGUCCGCCUCUGCGGUUGCCGCAAUCGAGGCCGCUGGCGGCUCCGUGACGACGCGGUACUACACCAAAUCUUCGAUCCGCGCCAUCAUGCAACGCGAGACGCACCCGUUCUUCUCGGCGCAGUGGGACGCCAAGAGCGCGCCGGCCGAAUUCAACGCGGCUGCUGGGCUCGAGCUCUCAGAAGAGGCCGGUGGACCCUUGGAGAGGGAGCGGCAGAUCAUGCAGACUGGCGGGUUCAAGUAUAGGCUUCCGGAUCCCACUGGUCGUCGCGAUAUCGAAUACUACCGUGACCCUGCGCAUCGGGGGUACCUGUCUCACUUGCUGAGGCCGCUUGAAGGACCUAGUUUGUUUUUCGUUUCGCCUAUUGAGCGGAAGAGUGCGGCGGGUGUCAAGAAGGAGAGGGUGUUGCCGGAGAAUAGGCUCUGGUAG